AUGACAGAAAAAGUCAUCACCGAUGCCAGUUCGUUUCUGGGGCAAGGCUGUGAGAUGCUGGACAAGAUUGAGGAGGAUAUCACAGCUUACAAGGGGGCGCUGGAGUUGAAGACGACGAAAGAGCUUGUUGGGUAUGAUGCUCAUGGCUGCAAGGCCAAGAAGGGAAAAACAUGCGGCAAACCUAUCGUCUGUCCCAUCUCGGCUGGGUUCAAGGACAAAUGCAUAUGGCGCGGCUCAGGGGGUGACUGCAACGGGCAGUGCCGCGAGGGCGAGAUCAAGAUUGCCGGAUCCAGCUGGGGUGGCAGUCCUGGCGAGUCUGGCACCAAUCGAUGCAGCCGUGGUGCGGCAAGCACUGCAAGGCCGACGAGGAAAAAGGUCGCUUACGCCACCGACAUUCAUGAAAAGUGCUGGAAGCACGAUGAGUCGCUCAAAAAGCGGAAUGGUUCCAUCACCCUUCCUUCAUCUCUUCAUAAGCGCUGGGGGAGGACGGUGGGCAACGACUACUGCUGUCCCAAGAACAAGCCAGUUCCCUACAAGAAGUGCCAUUGGGUAGGGAGCAAGGACUGUGCGGUUCCUAACUGCGAGAGACAUGAGAUCUUCCUGGCUACGAACGACUAUGGGGAUGCCGAUUAUUACCCUUGCAAUUUGAACGAAGAGUCACUGAACCCGGUUGCUGAAUGCAAUUCCGAGAUUUGCUCUGUUCUGGAUGGUGGGGGGUGUUCGGACCCAGACGAAGGUGAAACGGAUGAUGGUGCCGAUUAUCCCAACAGAGAUGGGCCCAGUAGAGACACGUUGGUCGUGGCCAGCCGUGCUAUUGCUGCGGGCUCAUCCGCGGUUCGCGGUCAGACCUGGUACGCCUACGGUCCCGAGCCCCUGAACGACAGCGAUGACGAGGUCGACGGCACGCUCUCGGAUCAUACAGGCGUGGGACUCGAAGCAAGAGUCCCCUCAAGCUUUGGAGUCCGAAGGUCAAUGACAGUCGUGGUCAAAACACUGGCAGGUUCCAGUGCGGCUGGCAUCAAGGGCGCUGGGAAUCUGAUAAUGAAAUCCAUGAAGUACAGAACCGGCCCGAGGACUUUUGAAGGUCCCGGAUCCGAGACGCUGAAGUUGAAGGCCGGCUUUGGGAUGGCCAAGGAUGUUUGCGAUGGCACGGUGGCCCAGUGGUGGAAGCAAGACAGCCUGCCUGCACUUGCCGGAAAGCUGAGGUAUGACGCUGAACAUUUGCUUGAUUUCUCAAUCAUGCCAGCUUGGGCCCGGACAGGCUUGUCCUCUGGCGAGCUCAAUCCGCAAGUCCUCCUGGAUGUGUGGCACAAGGCAUAUCCGGAGAACAUCCACCUGGCAGAGCUCGGCGCCAUUGUCACAGAUGUCAAGGGGUGGACUCCACCAGUGACACCGAACGACCGCAUGUUCACCAUCAUGGGAUGA